AUGGAGAGAAUGGCAGCGAAUACGGCAAAGAAGAACGAGGACGUUGGCAAUAAGGUUGUUGGUGCGUUAGAUGCACUUACCUUGACGUCGGGACGAGAUGAGGGAGCAGGCAUGGACGUUGAUGUUGACAUGCAGGAGACUGUUGGCUCUGACUUUAUGGAUGCCCAUGCAGCCAGAGGAAAGAUGAAGGAGUAUUCGAUGCAACUGGCGACGUUGACGAGACAGAAGAUGCAGUUAGCCGCGCGCAUCCAAGGGUUGAGCCAAGAGGAGGGCGACCAGGAGCGACCAAAGUUGGCGGAACUAACACGUCAGAUCGCUGAGGCCAAGACCGCGAUGAACGAGUGGAAUGUCAUGCUGGAUGACCUAGAGAGUGCUGAGAGGUCCAUGGGGAGGACGGCAUUCUCUAGUGUUGUGACCAGAGAGGAGAAUGAGGAGUUGGGGGUUAAGAAGGGUGGAAAGAUUGACGAGAUCAAGUUGUCGAAUGAGUUUCCGCGUUACCAUCGGUUGGUCGAGGCUCAUCUGCUUCCUGUUCUUGACAUCAAGAUCCACGGUCCCUUGAUUACCAACGUCCGAGAGUUCCUGUACGAAUUCCAUAGAAUAGAAGUAACAAAGUUCACGACGGGCGGGUUCGAUGAGAGAUGUUCAAGGUUGUUGUGCUUGGCGAAUAUGGAUCGCAAAGCGUCUGAUGCCAUGAAUGCAGUCUUGAGUCGUGACCCUGAAGGAAAGUGGCCGUGGGCGAGAUGCGAGAAAGUGUUUGUGGAGAGUGCUAUGACGCAGACUGAGAGAACAGAUGAGGUUGAGAAGGUGAUCAAGAUGGGGUUAGAACGAGGUGAAUCGUACAAGCGGCCCCUUCAUGUGCAGAGGAUAUAA